AUGCCCGAACAAGACUUGGAUAGUUCCAGUGCAUACUCACCUUACCUAUACCACCUAUCUGGCAAAGACGUUGAGUACGAGACACGCCUCGGAGGAGAUCAUGCACAGAAUUCACACGAAGACAGCGCCAAAUUCACAAGAACAGAGGCUAUCAUAAUGAGAGAAGUAGCAUUUUGGCAACAAUCGCAAACUUGCGAUGAAUUUUGGACACCCAGAACACGACAGCAUCGUCGGGCACUCCCCACUGCGAGCCAACUCCUCAGACAAUUGGAGGAUAGAAAAUCUUGUACAACUACCUUCUCAAACAACGGCACUGACUUCGAAGCCCUUCUUCAAGCCAUCGCUUUACAGCUGCUAGCGGCUUGUUAUACUGUGCUACCGGCCACAAGCGCAAACCACAUCCCCAUUUUCCAGCAGCGCAAGGAAACAGUAGUGAUCACGGCUCUGCGCUCAAACUCUCGACAUCGUCAUUCCCCAGCCGCUGGCCACCAGGCUCGUCCACCUUCUGAGGCGGCCUCGUGGCCUGGACUAUAUGUAGGGCCAUCGAUUGAAGAGAGGCUGGCAGAGCAUGUCAGCCGCAGACGCAAAUUGCGGAACAGCAGUGAGUAUGUUCCACAGUUCACAGGUAGCGGAUGGACCGACGGGCCACCUCCGUUCUCACGGGAAAAGCGGUCGUCACGAUCAAGAUCAAGUUCCGACUCGUCAUCUGAACAUGGAUUCUUCUCAAGGUUGGUCUGCCAGGCAGCAAUACCUAAAAACUAUCGGCGAAAGCACAACACCAUGUUUCUAAGCCGAACCUCGAAGCCGAAUCGACCAAAGCAGCUACAUCCGGAAUAUAAGCAUGCCGCAGACCGCCGAUCUUCUCAUCAAGACGUUACUUCACAGCCCGUACAGCGUAUACCGUCUGCACAUCGCCUUCGUCAUACCCAAUCUGCACCACGCAUUGCAGUGGAAGAAGAGGCACCAGUGCAGAGCCCCCACAACUUCAUACGCCACGGCUCAGAUCCUUCGAUCGGCAGUCCUCUCGAUUACCCUUUUCAAAUUCCCCGGAUCAGACGCACAUCUGUCACGCCGAGUGUGAGCUUGCAUCAAGAAUCCCCUAUGCAUGCUGAGGUGCGAGCGUGUGGACGAGGCGAUCUCAUCGCCGUCCAAGAUUACUUUUAUAAUGUCCCCAAGACCCCGAGCCCCCCGCUACGACGACACAGUACAUGGAAGGUGCCGAAUUGGCGACGAAAAGACAGCAGCUCUCUAUCCCCAUCUAUUACCGAGACCCCCGGACAGUCAAAGCGGGCAAGUGGGUAUUUUGAGAGUGUCUACACUGGCAAGCAUAUUACACAUCGAACAGAUGACCCCGACCUUGCGGGACAAGAGCACGACGAUGCUGGCCCUGAAAUUGAGGAUGAUCCAAGGUUGCAGAGGAUGCUGAGCAACAUCAUAACUACCCCCAGCGACUGCGGAUCCGUCGAUAGCGACAUGGAAAGGAUGAAGAAGCGGAAGAGCAUUAUCGAAUCACCUGCUAAGGCUUAUGAGAUUGCCGAGCGAUUUCAAGAUAAGACCGGGGAUGGGUUUGAUCAUUCAUUGAGUAAAAUACCGUGGUAG